CAGUCAGUGCUCUUAACCGCUGAGCCAUCUCUCCAGCCCUGUCUUCCCAUUUUAAAAGUAUCCUCACUAGUGAGUUUUCCUGUGCCAUAUAUGUAUAACUGCACUCCAUCUUCCCAAACAACCUUUGUCAUCUCUGGUCAGCCUACGUUGCCUCCUGCUUUAUAUGAUUACCAUAGGUAGUGUCUGUGCUUAGAAACUGUUAAUAGAAUUGGCCUGUAAGGAAGACAUGAGACUUCCUGGAUUUAUUUAUUUUUUUAAAAGGGAUUCUUGACAUUUAACUGCUCUAAAAUUGAGAGUAAUAGAAGACCCAAUGGAUAUGUGAGCCUAAGAACUUUAUAUCAAUACUGACGUGAAGGGGAGCAUGAGAGAGUCCUUUCUUUCUUUAAUUUUGUGUUAAAUCACAAAUGUUAUUAUAUUGUAACUUACCUUGUUUGUUCCACCAGGUUAUUGUAUCCUAGUAAGCAGGGUCAUCUUGGGUCAGCAUGGUAACACAAGCAUGUUGUCUAAGCACUGGGUAUGCAGAGAUAGGAAGAUAAUCAAUUUUAGGCCAGCCUGGGCUAUAUUAUGAUGCCCUGUUCCAUGUCUUCCUCCCUUAAUCCCCUCUGUUAGCCGUAAGUGAAGGGUUCAUCUUUCAGAUAUGAGCAUACGCAAGAGUGCCAUUAUACAUUUUAUGCAAUUUUCUGGUUCUUUUUCUUUAAUUUUUUUUUUUUUUUUUUUCCGAGACAGGGUUUCUCUGUGUAGCCCUGGCUGUCCUGGAACUCACUUUGUAGACCAGGCUGGCCUUGAACUCAGAAAUCUGCCUGCCUCUGCCUCCCGAGUGCUGGGAUUAAAGGCGUGCGCCACCACGCCCGACUUUUCUUUAAUUUAUUAAGGUAUUUAUUGUUGCAAGGUAAUUCAUCAGGAAUGGGAAUGUGCCAGAAAGUCAGUUUGUCUGUAACUAAUGUUAUCUGCCUUUCCUCCGUUCUGUCUUCUUAUUUCUAAUUAGUGUAAAAGUGACACCACCACUGAUUGGGAGGAUUGGGGGCUCAAAAGAGGCUGCUAGUGCUGUGUAUGCUCCAGGGAGUUCAUGGUAGCAUUGGCGGGUAAAGGACUCCAGUUCAAGCAUAGUUGUGAGUCUAGUCAGUGGGAAUCAAAGCACAAAGUUUCUUCUCCCUAGUUGCUUUGAUUUAGUCAUCAACAUGUCUCUGUUUCGACGAGUAUUUGACUUUAAACAGAGACAUGUUGAAAUACUCAUCCAACACUGGCAUGACCACUUCCUUUUCCCAUUAUCUUUACCUUCAAAGGUCUUGUCUUCCAAAGGUAUUUUGGAUUCUGUUUUUCUUCUACCGUCCAGUCCACUGAAAUUACAAAGAGUUACUUAUUUUAUGUAUAUGAGUACACUGUAGCUGUACAGAUGGUUGUGAGCCAUUAUGUGGUUGCUGGGAAUUGAACUCAGGACCUCUGCUCACUCCGGCCCAAAGCUUUAUGUAUUGUAUCGCUAUAUGUAAGUACACUGUAGCUGUCUUCAGACAGCACCAGAAGAGGGCGUCAGAUCUCGUUACGGAUAGUUGUGAGCCACCAUGUAGUUGCUGGGAUUAUAACUCAGGACCUUUGGAAGAGCACUCAGUGCUCUUAACCGCUGAGCCAUCUCUCCAGCCCGAAAUUACUUCUGUUAAGGUCAUGAGUGUUCUCCGUAUUGCUAGAAUAAGUACUUCUCUGUCAUUUUACUGGCGGUUAGUCAUUUUAAUACCCAUUGGAUACUUACUCGGUUUCCUUCUGUGUCACCAGCUAGUCCUCCGUCUCCUCUGCUAGUCUUCCUCAUUCCUUUUUUCGAAAGAUUGAUGGAUUUGUUACUUUAUGAGUGUUUUUUGCCUGCAUGUAUAUCUGUGUUCCACAGGCCAAAAGAGACUGCUGGGUCCUGAAACUGAAAUUACAGAGGGUUGUGAGCUGCCAUGUGGGUGCCAGGGACUGAACCCAGUUUCUCUUAACCUGAGCCAGUCCUUGUCUUCCAUAAAGGAUCACAGAUGCACAAGCAUGGAGGAGAAGCAGUUUGGUUAACGUGAGUGAUGCUGCUGGCCGAAGCACAGAGGUGGGAUUCUAUGGGAAGGCCUGUAGCUAAUCCACCUGUGGUCUAGAUUUGAGUAUGAGCACAGUUGAAGAGGAUUCUGACACAGUAACAGUAGAAACUGUGAACUCUGUGACGUUUACUCAGGACACGGACGGGAAUCUCAUUCUUCAUUGCCCUCAGAAUGACCCUGAUGAAGUAGACUCAGAAGACAGUACUGAACCUCCACAUAAGAGGCUUUGUUUGUCCUCUGAGGAUGAUCAAAGCAUUGAUGACGCUACGCCAUGCAUAUCAGUCGUGGCACUCCCACUUUCAGAAAAUGAUCAGAGCUUUGAGGUGACCAUGACGGCAACUACAGAGGUGGCAGAUGAUGAACUUUCUGAGGGAACUGUGACACAAAUUCAGAUUUUACAGAAUGAUCAACUAGAUGAAAUAUCUCCAUUGGGUACUGAGGAAGUCUCAGCAGUUAGCCAAGCGUGGUUUACAACUAAAGAAGAUAAGGAUUCUCUCACUAACAAAGGACAUAAAUGGAAGCAGGGGAUGUGGUCCAAGGAAGAAAUUGAUAUUUUAAUGAACAACAUCGAGCGCUAUCUGAAGGCUCGCGGAAUAAAAGAUGCUACAGAAAUCAUCUUUGAGAUGUCAAAAGACGAAAGAAAAGAUUUCUACAGGACUAUAGCGUGGGGGCUGAACCGGCCUUUGUUUGCAGUUUAUAGAAGAGUGCUGCGCAUGUAUGAUGACAGGAACCAUGUGGGAAAAUACACUCCUGAAGAGAUCGAGAAGCUCAAGGAGCUCCGGAUAAAACACGGCAAUGACUGGGCAACAAUAGGGGCGGCCCUAGGAAGAAGUGCCUCUUCUGUCAAAGACCGCUGCCGGCUGAUGAAGGAUACCUGCAACACAGGGAAAUGGACAGAAGAAGAAGAAAAGAGACUUGCAGAGGUAGUUCAUGAAUUAACAAGCACGGAGCCAGGUGACAUCGUCACACAGGGUGUGUCUUGGGCAGCUGUAGCUGAAAGAGUGGGUACCCGCUCAGAAAAGCAAUGCCGUUCUAAAUGGCUCAACUACCUGAACUGGAAGCAGAGUGGGGGUACUGAAUGGACCAAGGAAGAUGAAAUCAAUCUCAUCCUAAGGAUAGCUGAGCUUGAUGUGGCCGAUGAAAAUGACAUAAACUGGGAUCUUUUAGCUGAAGGAUGGAGCAGUGUCCGUUCACCACAGUGGCUUCGAAGUAAAUGGUGGACCAUCAAAAGGCAAAUUGCAAACCAUAAGGAUGUUUCAUUUCCUGUCCUAAUAAAAGGUCUUAAACAGUUACAUGAGAACCAAAAAAACAACCCAGUGCUUUUGGAGAAUAAAUCAGGAUCUGGAGUUCCAAACAGUAAUUGCAAUUCCAGUGUACAGCAUGUUCAGAUCAGAGUCGCCCGCUUGGAAGAUAAUACAGCCAUCUCUCCAAGCCCCAUGGCAGCGUUGCAGAUUCCAGUCCAGAUCACCCACGUCUCUUCAACAGACUCCCCUGCUGCUUCUGUUGACUCAGAAACAAUCACACUAAACAGUGGAACACUACAAACAUUUGAGAUUCUUCCAUCUUUCCAUUUACAGCCCACUGGUACUCCAGGCACCUACCUUCUUCAAACAAGCUCAAGUCAAGGCCUUCCCCUAACACUGACCACAAAUCCCACAGUAACCCUGGCAGCUGCUGCUCCUGCUUCUCCUGAACAGAUCAUUGUUCAUGCUUUAUCCCCAGAACAUUUGUUGAACACAAGCGAUAAUGUCACGGUACAAUGUCACACACCAAGAGUCAUCAUUCAGACGGUAGCUACAGAGGACAUCACUUCUUCAUUAUCCCAAGAGGAACUGACAGUUGAUAGUGAUCUUCAUUCAUCUGAUUUCCCUGAGCCUCCAGAUGCACUAGAAGCAGACACUUUCCCAGACGAAAUUCCUCGGCCUAAGAUGACUAUACAACCAUCAUUUAAUAAUGCUCAUGUAUCUAAAUUCAGCGACCAAAAUAGCACAGAACUGAUGAACAGUGUCAUGGUCAGAACAGAGGAAGAAAUUGCCGACACUGACCUUAAGCAGGAAGAACCGCCGUCUGACUUAGCCAGUGCUUAUGUUACUGAGGAUUUAGAGUCUCCCACCAUAGUGCACCAAGUUCAUCAGACAAUUGAUGAUGAAACAAUACUUAUCGUUCCUUCACCUCAUGGCUUUAUCCAGGCAUCUGAUGUUAUAGAUACUGAAUCUGUCUUGCCUUUGACAACACUAACAGAUCCAAUAUUCCAGCAUCAUCAGGAAGCAUCAAAUAUAAUUGGAUCAUCUUUGGGCAGUCCUGUUUCUGAAGACUCAAAGGAUGUUGAGGACUUAGUAAACUGUCACUAGAUUAUUAGAAACAGGUACUUCAAGAAGCCACAUUGUGACUACAUUGUCUCCAAAGAAAGGAGCCAUCCCAGGAGUUGUGGUUUGCCAUUCCUCUGGCUUGUACUUAGCUGCCAUGCUUAAGCCAUGCACAUUGUUGCUGCUGUUACUUUUACCUCCUUCUCAGUAGAUCAUCUGAGGUCCAAUUUUAUAACAGUUGUUAUGAUGGAGGAUAGGAAGUGUGAAUUGCCCAGACUUGUUAGGUUUUAUGUCAAGAGGGAGUUGCAGUCACUGCAGCUACUUAUAUCACCAGAGCUUAACUACUCUGGUUUAAAUAUAAGUAGUAAUACUCAUCUCUGCAGUUAGACACAGCUCUGUCCAGACUCAAGCUGGGCUGGUUGUAAUUCAGCUUAUGUUAGCAGUGACUUUCAGAAAGAUUAACUUAGGAGUUGAUGACAUGACCAUGACCAGCAUCCAGAUACCACAUUAUGGGGGGUGGUUGUGCUGGUUAACCCAUUGCUGGCAGUGGGAGCUGACUGAGGCAGGGUAAAGAAGCAAAGCAUUACAGAGUUAAGAAAAUUCACUACAGGUCUUUGAUUUUUAACUUUUAAAGGGAACGUGGUUAAAGUGGUAACAAAACAGUUAUCAACUCUCAUCAGAAACCAGUCAUUAGUUUACAGCUAGCACUUUGAAGUGAAAUUAAAUGAGGGGAGAGGUCAUAUUGCCUGUGUCUGAUAACCAUGACUUUUUUUAUGACAUGUUUUACAUAUAAAUUGCCCAGAAGAUAGUGAGGGGUAUUAAUUAGAGUAUGCUGUUCACUUCGUGCAUUACCUGCUGGGGGUACACUAUAGCUUCUCCCUCAGGCACUUUUAAAAAACAAAAUUUGCUUCUGUAUCAAAAGAAAACAAAUCAAGAGUCAUUCCUAAGGUAAAGCCAAAACUAGCCUGUAGGGCUUUAAUGAUAUGAUCCUUAUAGAAAAGUCCAAAAAAAGGAGGAAAAAAAAAGGAAACUUGUAUAAAUUAUUUUAUUUAUUAUUGUAAUUAGAUCUUCACAAUCAAAGCUGUCUUUUCACCAUCUGUUUAUUAAUGUAAAACUGUAGUAAUAAGCAAAAGUUGGUUGCCUAGGGGAACAAUAAUUGUAUAUUCAGUUUAACAGAAAUAAAAGAGUAUUUGUCUUAAAAUGCAA